CUACAGCCGCCUUCUACAAGAUGAAUAUGAAGUCAUCCAGAAAAGUAACAUCAAUUCCCCAAGAAAUAAUCUUUGAAAUAUUUUCAUUGCUUCCCAUCAAGUCUUUAAUGCGUUUUAGGUGCAUUUCAAAAGUUUACAACUCUCUUGUGUCUGAGACAGAUUUCGUGUCUAUUCAUCAAUCCCGUUCUAUGACUCGUACUGGGGGAAUCAAAUUGCUUGCGCGCGAAAGAGAAGGUUUUUACACUAUAGAACAAAACGAAGAUGGUGAAGCCUCCCUUCUUCAUAUUGAGUAUCUUGAUGUACUCGACGACUAUAUUGGCUCGAGAAACCUUUUCGAGUGUGUUAAUGGUCUAUUAUGCUUCUCGACGUGGCACCAACCUGCUAUAAUUAUCAAUCCCAGUACAAGAGAAAUACGAUUUCUUCCUAAAAUAGAUGUGAAUCGCUAUUGUUACUGUUCAUUAGGUUAUGAACCAGAAGAAAAGAUUUAUAAAGUUCUUUAUACGAGAUUCGAAACUUUAGAGUCACACGCAAGAAACUGGGUUUUCACUUUAGGCAUAGACAAAUCUUGGAGGGAGGUUGAAAGCGUUUUCCUGUUUCCUCGAUUGAACGAGGGAGUUUGCAUUAAUGGAGUUAUCUAUAUGCUUGAUGCUUUUUGUCAGAGAAAAAGAAUAGUUGCUUUCGAUGUGAAAGCCGAAAGUUUCAGAACUAUUACAUUACCUUGUGCUUUACCUCAUGGGGUGGAUUCUUGUCACCUAAUAGAAGUGAAAGGAAAAUUAGCCGUCCUUGAAAAUAUGACGGAUGAAAAUUUUAAUUUGUGGAUUUUAGGAAAUGGUCAACUUCAAAUAUGGGAGAGGGAUACCAUUACUAGUUCUCCAGGGUUCCCUAGAAUGAAUUUUUGUUCCCAUGCACAUGAUGAGGAGAUUAUAUUCGUCGCUGAAGUGGAGGGCGAUAAAUUCACAUACUUCUCUUAUGAUAUUACAACAAAAAGUUGGAGAAAAUGCGAAGUCCAAGGAUCUCAAAGAGAAUAUUCGAUUAAAGGCAUUUAUAGAUGUGUAGAAAACCUCUACCCAUUGGAAAAAUGUUUAGUGAAUGCAAGGUAAUAGGUGUGGUGCUCCUUUUCAUUAUUCUUUUCUUGUUUUUUCAGUAUAUAGAGAAGUGCAUUUUCAGGUUUGAAAGUUCUAGU